CAGCCAGGAGCCUGCGGGAAUCAGAGCGCUUUCUUUUGUCCUCUUGUUCGGGACCCCGACACAUGGGGUCAACACGGGCUGAAUGGGUUCAUACUGACGGCUGCCUUGGACGCGGACGCACGCAGACGCCGAUGAGAGCGCGCACUUAAUUAGGAAAACCUGGUCGAGCAAUUAAGCACGAGGAGAGAAGACGCGCGUAUUGGAGCGCAGAAGAGCUGAUUUAGCUCCCCAGUCACCUUGGCACCAUGAGUUGGAGCUUCCUAACUCGUCUGCUGGAUGAGAUCUCCAACCACUCCACCUUUGUGGGGAAGAUCUGGUUGACGGUGCUCAUCGUCUUCCGCAUCGUGCUGACAGGCGUCGGGGGUGAAACCAUCUACUACGAUGAGCAGAGUAAAUUUGUGUGCAACACGCAGCAGCCUGGGUGUGAGAACGUGUGCUACGACGCGUUUGCACCACUCUCUCACGUCCGAUUCUGGAUCUUCCAGGUUAUCCUGAUCACUACCCCGACUAUCAUGUACCUGGGCUUUGCCAUGCACAAGAUCACCCGCAUGGACGACAGCGAGUACCGGCCCAUCCAGAACCGGAAGAAGAAGAUGCCCAUCGUCAGCCGUGGGGCAGUUCGGGACUAUGAGGAGGCGGAGGACAAUGGAGAGGAAGACCCGAUGAUUGCUGAAGAAAUUGAGCCAGAGAAGCCCGACAAAGAAGAAAAAAACUCUCAGAAGAAGCACGAUGGUCGUCGGCGGAUUCUGCGUGACGGCCUGAUGAAAGUCUACGUGUGCCAGCUGCUGUGGCGCUCCGCCUUUGAGGUCGCCUUCCUUUUCGGCCAAUACGUCCUCUACGGCUUCGAGGUGAUACCCUCCUACGUCUGCACCCGCUCACCAUGCCCGCACACAGUCGACUGCUUUGUGUCCCGACCCACGGAGAAGACCAUCUUCCUGCUGGUGAUGUACGUGGUGUCUUUCCUCUGCCUGAUCCUCACCGUCCUGGAAAUCGUCCAUUUGGGGAUCGGCGGCAUCCGUGACACCUUCCGCAGACGGGCUACGCUCAACUCCCGAGCCCCGAUGCCGGCGCCACCGACCUCCUCACGUUCCAUGCCGACAGCCCCACCAGGAUACCAUGCCACCAUGAAGAAGGAGAAACUAAAAGGAGAGCUGAGGGAUUCGCCAAUGGCCGACUCCGGGAGGGAGAGUUUUGGGGACGAGGGGCCCUCGUCCAAGGAGCUGGAGCGGUUGAGGAGGCACCUGAAGCUGGCCCAGCAGCACCUUGACCUGGCCUACCAGGCAGACGAGGGAAUCCCCUCACGCAGCAGCAGCCCGGAGGUCAACACGGCUGCACAGACAGCUGCCGAGCAGAACCGCCUCAACUUUGCCCAGGAAAAGCAGGGAGAGGCGAGCGAGAAAGGAAUACGUGCCUGAGCGUGCUUCCUGCCACAAACGUCUGUCCUUCCAUUCCUACUGGCCUUAAACACAUGGGGGAAGCACAUAUGGGAAUGCAGUCAGACCACUGAGGGAGACCAAAGCGUGUAUGUGUGUGUGUUUGUAUGCAUGUGUGGAUGAGAGAAAAUGAGCCUUUCAGUAUUAGGGGUCAGUCGAAAAGAGAGGGAAAAAGAAAAAAAAAUGCUGACCAAGCUGUGUUGUGACAAAUGGUUCAUCUCCACGACUCUAAACUUGAAUGCCUGCCACAUAUCGAGUUUCUGCUUGCCGACCUACAUCCAAACCUUGACUGUGCCUUCAGCUAAAACCUUGUCUACACCCUGUUCUUUCACCCACUCUGUUUUUGUGGUAAUGCAAUAAUCCUCAUCCAUUUCAGACCUUGUAAGGAUCGCCGUAAGCUUCAAACUCCUGGCUGAGUGUAGUGCUUUUUUUGUUUUUUUGUUUUUUUGUUUUUUUGUUUUUUUGUCGUCUUGACAAAAGCAAGGCUCUCUUUUUAUAAAAUGUCGCCAAAUGUUAAUGCCUCACUUCGUUGAGGCUUGUUGGCCUCAGAGAGAAGCUCAAACAACACAGCCUUGGGUUAUGUCAUUUCUGGAGCGUGUGCAGCAGGCUUAACCUGUGCUAGAUGAAUCGUGUUUACUUUAAACAGAUCUGAUGUUAGGGAUUAUUGUUUAUUAGAAAGAGCCCACACCAUUUCAGGAAAUAACAGAAAUUUGAAGCCUGUAUAUUUACUCCAAACAUCCAAAAUGUUUUACCUGGGAAAUGCUUGAAUUCUUUAUCGACCAAUGUUCCAAGGACAUUCCAAGAGUAAUUUUAUGUACAAUCAGUUCAUUUAAAAUACUCAAUUUAUUUUACCAGUACUUCACAAAUGCCACCUGUUUCACAUGACUGUUGAGAAGUAGGCACUUGAUGUUGGUAAUCCUUUUUCUUCCCUAAAUUAUGUAAUAUAAAAAUGAUUCAUGAUGUACAUCAUUGCAGAAAGUUUAAAAUGUCGAGGAUUUUUUUUUUUUUUUGCUAACCAGCUGGAAACAUCUUUCUUCCAGGCUACUGUCAACAAUGAAACUCCAUCCUUGUCUUUUGAAAUUUACAUUCUUCUUUGGUUAGACAUACUUUCCAUCCUUGACAUGCACCACUACUCCUCCUUUGUGCUGAAACAUGGAUGCUUUUGUGCAUCAUGGAAAAAAAAAAGAAGAAAACCAACCCAGCUGAGGGGAAUGAUGACGGUCGGCUGCUAACACACAGCCUGGUGCCAUGUAAACACAUAAUCUUCGUUCAUCUUGAUCAAUAGCUUUCAGUGCUCAUGCAGAGUUCAUACUUUCUCAUCGCCUUGUCAGUUUGUUUUAUGAUCUGUGGCUGGAAAAAAAAGAAUUGCAGAUUGCCAAAGGAGCUGUUUGAUGCUGUGUUCUUGUAAUCAUCUCACUUCCAGUUUUGACACUUAUUGCAAGGUACGACAUUCCAUUUUGACUAUUGUACUUCAAUGGUUUAUACGUUGUUUUCUUUUCUUUCUUUUUUUUUUCUAUUGCAAGUUUUGUAGUUUUUGUAACUGUAGAGAUUAUUUUGUCUUCAGAGUAAAUAAAUAAAUAUAUUUGAACAAGA